UAGACUUAGCAGCUUUGCUUUUACGGCAACCGGAAGUACACCGUGUAGCUUCCGGUUAAAAUACGAAAUAUGCAGCGCCGCGGUUGUCAUUCACUUUAGCGUGCCUGAACAGUCUGAUAAAGUCAUGUUGACCCCACCGAAGGAGGGGAUGCCCAGUAUGAUAGACAGGGCGCUGAGGAUGAGGCGGGAGGAACAGGCUCGUCAGGUGGUCCUGGCCUGGGCCGUGCUCAACGUGUCUCUAGCUGGCAUGAUUUACACUGAAAUGUCAGGGAAACUGCUGAGUCGAUACUACAACAUCACCUACUGGCCCAUCUGGUAUAUCGAACUGGUGCUAGCCUCUCUAUUUAGCCUCAAUGCUCUUUUUGACUUCUGGAAAUAUUUCAAAUACACAAUGGCUCCCUCCACCAUUGCUGUAUCUCCUAGGCAGCAUCACCUCCUCGGUCUGACAAACACAAGUAUUCAGGCCUCUCCGCCCCAAAAGCCAGAAAAAAAGGAGACCCCAGCUCCAGCCCAGUCAUCUCCGCUGCAGGGCCAAAGUGUGCUCAGUUUCAGCCCCUCACGGCCGGCCACCACUAGCCCCAAGUUCUCCCCCAGCUGUGUACCCGGGUAUAGCCCUCCUCUCAGCAACCCAUCCACCCCAAGCAGUGCGGGGGGGCCCUUUUCCCCCUCAGUGGCUUUUGGAAAAGUGUUGAACUACAGCCCCUCCCCUGGCUCCUCUCCCUACCCCAGCAGCAUUGGACCCGCAGAAGGCUCCAGCUUGAGAGCUCGAUAUCGCACAUCACCCUCAGUGUUUAACUCCCCUGGAAGCAAGGAGGACUACAUGGAAGAUCUGAAAAGCCUGGAGAGGUUCCUCCGCACAGAGGAGGAGAGGAGUCACCGCAGCCAGCUCGGGAGUCCAGAGGCUGUGUCUCCGAACCACAGCCCAACAUUUUGGAACUACAACCGCUCAGUGGGAGAUUAUGCCCAGAGCCUGAGGAAGUUCCUGUACCAGCCGGCCUGUCGCUCUCAGGCCCCGUCUGCCAACAAGGAUGAGACGGAUCUGGGCUCAAAACAGGCUGCAGAGGAGGUGUGGGCCAGAAUCACAACCAGUCGUCCUGUGGUGGACCGCAUUGAUAGCUGGACAGCCAAGCUUAGAAAUUGGAUCAGUGACACCAUCCUGGUACCCCUGGUCAAGGAAAUGGACUCGGUCAACAGCCAGCUCAGGAGGAUGGGCUGCCCUGAGCUCCAGAUAGGAGAGGCCAGCAUAAGCAGCUUGAAACAAGCAGCAGUGAUGAAAGCCUCAUCCAUCCCCACUAUGAACUCUAUUGUUCAGUAUCUGGACAUCACUCCCAACCAGGAGUAUCUAGUGGACCGCAUGAAGGAGCUGGCCCACAGCGGCUGCAUGAGCUCCUUUCGCUGGAAUGGUGGCGGUGAUCUGAAGAACAGGAAGUGGGACACAGACCUCCCCACUGACUGUGCUAUCCUCAUGCAUGUGUUUUGUACGUACUUGGACUCUCGUCUGCCCCCACACCCAAAGUACCCAGACGGGAAGACUUUCACUUCGCAGCACUUCAGCCACACCCCAGACAAACCUGAUGUUACCAAGGAGAACGUCUUCUGCAUCCACCAGAGCAGCACCACUCCACCUCACUACCAGCUCAUCUACCAGGGACAUAUCUACAGUCUACCCAAGGGCAGGAACAACCUGUUCCACACAAUCCUCAUGUUCCUCUAUGUCAUUAAGACGAAGGAGUCAGGGAUGCUGGGGAGAGUAAACCUUGGCCUAUCUGGUGUGAACAUCUUGUGGAUAUUUGAAGACUGAUGCGUCUAAGUGCAUUGUUUUUCCCCCACAAUGCUGUGUGGCUACACUGGUUAGAAUACCACCUCAGUUUAAGGACUGCCCUUCCAGGGGCACAUUGAAAAAGCAGCACUUGACUUUGAAAGACAAUAAAUGCUUAUUUUUUGACAUUUUCUCAAUUUUGGUGUACAAAUUGGCAGCAUAUUGUCAUUUUAAUAACACAUUUAUGUUACACCACAGUGUGCUUAUGAUACACUGCAGAGCUGUAUUUUUUUAACAGUUAGGUUUUCUGAUAUUGUAUUUUCAGAAUGUACCAGCAUGGCAGCCUUGUAAAUAAUAUACCUCAGAUCUUUCUGGUGGAUGGUAAAGGGCUCGGACCCAUUUAGCGUGAAUGUAAAAACAGUUUUUGUUUCUUCAGCUUUAGUAAUUUUUUGCAGCUGGUGUGCUGUUUUUUUGUUCUGUAGUUGAAUGAAUGUCUGGUGCAGUAGGGAUGUCUGUGACAUGCUUGAAGUCACCUACAGAAAUUUGACUUGUGAGAACGGAAGCAGUUCACAUAAUAUUGAAGUAUUCUGUGGUCGCGAAGCUUCCCAUAGUACUUGGCUGCAGUGCAACACAUAACUAUGUACAGUGUUAAUUCAUUUGAUAUGUGAUGGAGAACAAAUGAAAAGCAUUUGAAUCACCAAAGUCUUUUUUCUGAAUAGUGUCUUUUACAAAAUAGACCUGAAUGCCACUUGUUCUGACUUCUUGUGUCAUUCAUUAUUUUUCAGACUUUCUACAUGUUUGCUUGUUUUCAAUAAUGCCAUUUUAUAAAUGUCACGAGAGUUGAGAAUAAAAUUGAGUUAUUAAAAAA